CCCUGCGGGUGUGGGCUCGGGCGUGGACUUGGACGGGGCGAUUGGAUCGCACGCGAUGGGAUGGGAUAGGAUGGGACAGGACUGCGACGCAUGCCAUGGAAAGACAGACAGUUCCUUUGACGACUCGCUUUACAUUCAUUCACUGCUCUGUUUCGAGCCGAGGCCUGAUCAUGACGGCAGCCCGGGGAAUUAACGGUCUUUGCCAGAGCUCACCUGCAGCAGCUCGGCUCGCCAGCAACGAACUGGCGAGCUCAUUGCGUGGAUUUCAUAGUCUCUAACUAGAGCACGCCAUGGCUGCUGCCGAUGUGUCGGCAGUCUACGUGAAUUACUCUCUCCGUCUCAAUUUUCUCUUCAUGUUCAUUUCACACUACUCCUGCAAUUGCUGCUGCUGCAGUUGAUUUGCUUUCUCUCACUCACUUUGACUGAAAUUCACCGAGGUCUCGAUUGGACUGGGAUAUUUCUCGACUCUCUCCCUCACUGACAACACCAGCUGGGUACGACUGGAGCAAACGAGCAAGUAAAACGAAGAGAAGUAAAUUCCCCUCGUCACGGCAGUCCGAUAACCGCGACUCAUCGUGCUGAAUAGCAACCGAGUAAUGAAUGAAUGACCUCCCCCUCAACACACUCGGCCCCCCUCCCCCGGCCCUCGGGCCUCUAUGGCAAGCAAGCAAGCAAGCAGCACUCCAAAAGCGCACGCACUGAGCAGAUACUGUCAAUGUUGUUUGCUUACACAGCAAUCCAGACAUUGGCGCUCGCCACCACUCCGCCCCGGCUGCUGCUCGUCGUCCCUACCUCACCACAAAGCCGAACGGAUGCUGUGCCCGUCAGAUGGCAACAUCAUUGUGUCUCAUGCCAGGGCCGCGACGCGGACCGGCUCAGCAGGAGGCCAGUCCAGUGCCCAGAGCAGAUCAGGCCAUGGCAGAUUGAGCAGUGCAGUGCAGUCGUCUGAGAACAGAUGAGAACAGCGUUAGUCAACCAGGUAGAGGUCACGCCCACGGAGCAUGAGCAGCCAUAAUAUCAACUGGGGGUGAGUGUAGGUACAGCCAUCAUCGAUCCAACCACCAGUUUUGGAGGUGGCUGGAUCAUGGAUAUGGGGGGAGGGGGGAUGUGAUGGUGGGCUGUGGUGGCAGCGCCAUCACCCAAGCUCGGGUUCAUGUACCGUUACCUCCAGUCUCAGAUUGGCGUCGCCUCGGCCACCUUGGGGGUGCAGCAGAGGAUGGGGCUGAUGGGGCCGAUAGGGCCGAUAGGGCCUACGGGGUGGGCAGGGCAGACAAGGGCACAGCUGCUGCUGCUGCAACAGGUGGUGUUAAAGGCUAAGAGAAGCUCCAGAGUCACAUUGACUACUGUUCGAAAGCGGUGUGGAUUGUAUCGAUUUGUCGGGCUUUGAAUUUCAUAAAUGGCGAGAGGCUGAUGUGAGGAGAUGAGGCCGAUGAGCGCUGCCACUGCCAGAGUUCCGCAAAUACUGCUCUUCUACUUCUACUACUGUACUACGAUCUCUGCUCUACUAUGGCUUGACUUCGAUUGUGGGGCCUUUGGCUACCUUCUCCUGAUCGCAGUACAUUACUCCAUGAUCGGUAACCUGGAUGCAAGAGCCGCGACUUGACUUGAUUCUGAGCUCAGCUGCAAAUGCGCAAACGUCAAGCUAUGCUAGGGACGGGGCUGCUGCCUGAUCUAGGGCAUGAUUCAGAUCCGGUACUACGGAAAUCAGCCGCUACCGACUGACAUCGUCAUUGGAGCUUUACCUAAACUUUUCCUCUCGGCCGCAUUGAUGGCAGCUCGGCACAGGUAGCGAAUUCUGGCCACGAACUGCAAGGCGGACGAAAUACUGGAUAUCUGUAGAGGUUCAUUUCGCUGGGCUUUGAAGCGAACGCACGACCCACUCACUCUCUCUCUCUCUCUCUCUCUCU